AUGACGCAGCGCGUUACGAUUCCCGACAACUCGGUGUUCGAGGGAUACGGGUACCUUUACCGUGACGAGGCGGAGGUUCCGCCGCCGCUGCAGACCGCUAGUACGCAACACGGCGACGGCGUCAUGUACUGCAGCCUCAACAAUGACGAGGCGCUGCGGCAACUUCGCGCCGCACUCCGCGUAGAUGUGCCCCCGCAGCUAACGGCAGCCCUACCAAACGAUAAACCCGUUGACGUCGCAAAAGCGGCAGUAGCUGCAACUACUAUUGCACCUCAUCGCUGGGUGUAUCCGCCAGAUGCCCCACCGUUGGGACCGCUACCGUGGUCGUCGUUGUCUUCUUCUUCCUCCGGCACGAAAUACGAAAUUGAUAGAAUGAAAUCGCAGUGUCGUAUUCUGCAUGAUUGGAUGAUGUGCCAUGAUGGGCCUGAGGAAAGGGUGGCGGCGAAGAAGUUUUUGUGCACUGCGCGGAUGUUGCUGUGCCGCGAGUCGGUACAAGAACUGUUGGGUCGCACAGAAAGCCUCCUCCAGGAGUUGGAGGCGUGGCCUGCAGUGGUCAACGCGGCACGGGCACAGGUAUACGACUGGAGCAAUGACACCACGUUGAGUGGAAUACAUGAAUUCAUAAAGGAUGUGAUGCGAACGGACGAGGCCUGUGCUCGGCUGGCGGAGCUGAUGGACCGUUUUUCUCUUGUCGCCCCGUUAGUGGAGGAGGCGGCCUUCCGCUCGGCAGCGCUAGAGGAGAUUCAAGAGUGGUCAUCCGAGAGUCUUGUGUCGUCACUGCAAGCACUCCAGGGUUCGAUUCACGAAUGGAAUGCACGCGCUGAGAAGGAUCGGCAAAGCAUAGUGACCAGUUCCAAUUUACUGCUAGAGCGGAUCACCGCAAUCCAAAAUAAGCGGCAUCAAGGAUUGAUCUGA